AUGUCCAAAUCGUUUGUUGGCAACGUCAAGAGCGUUCUUAGUGGCGACACUUUGAUCCUGACUAGCCCCAACAAUCCCAAUGCUGAGCGAACCUUCUCCCUCGCCUACGUUACCGCUCCCCAUCUGAGGCGUGAAGGCGAUGAGCCUUUCGCCUUCCAGUCUCGAGAGUACCUUCGCAAUCUCGUCGUCGGCAAGCCUGUCAAGUGUUCCGUCCUCUAUACCAUUCCUACUUCGGGCCGCGACUUUGGUACUGCUGAGCUCCAGGAUGGCACCCACCUGCCCGAUGAGCUGGUCAAGGCUGGCUGGCUGAAGGUUCGCGAGGACGCUGGCCGAAAGGAAGAGUCGGACGACGUUCUCGACCGACUCGAAACCCUCCGCCAGCUCGAGAACAAGGCCAAGGCUGAGGACAAGGGUCUCCAUGUGGGUGUGGGCGGCAUCAUCGAGGUGCAAAACGACCUGGGCGGCCCCGAUUUCAUGAAGGAGUGGAAGGGCAAGACUGUGGACGGUAUCGUCGAGCGAGUUCUCAGCGGUGACCGACUUCUGGUACGACUCCUCCUCUCGGAGAAGAAGCAUGUUCAGCCCAUGACUCUGCUUGCUGGUGUCCGAACCCCCUCGACUGAGCGAACACUGCCCUCGACUGGCACCACCCAGCCCGCCGAGGAAUACGGAAAUGAGGCCAGGGCUUUCGUCGAGACAAGACUCCUCCAACGUAAGGUCAAGGUUGAGAUUGUCGGCGCUAGCCCUCAAGGUCAGCUUGUGGCCACCGUCCUCCACCCCCGAGGCAACAUUGCAGAGUUCCUGCUCCAGGAGGGCCUCGCUCGUUGCAAUGAUUUCCACUCCACAAUGCUCGGCGAGAAGAUGGCUGCUCUCCGUGCCGCAGAGAAGCAGGCCCAGUCCAAGAAGAUCCGACUCCACAAGCACCACGUUGCCAAGGCUGAGGGUGGCAACCAGGACAUGAUUGUGUCCAAGAUUAUUGGCGCAGACACCAUUAUUGUCAGAAACAAGGCUGGCACCGCAGAGAAGAGAAUCAACAUCAGCAGCGUCCGAGGACCUCGAACUACAGAACCCUCCGAAAGCCCCUUCCGAGAAGAGGCCAAGGAGUUCCUUCGCCAGAAGCUUAUAGGAAAGCACGUGCGAAUUAGCAUCGAUGGUACCAAGCCUGCGUCUGAGGGCUUCGAUGCUCGAGAGGUCGCCACUGUUACUGAGAAGAACACCAACAUCAACCUCCUCUUGGUCGAGAACGGAUGGGCAUCCGUCAUCCGACACCGAAAGGAUGAUACCGACCGAGCCCCCAACUAUGACGAGCUGCUUGCUGCUCAGGAGAAGGCCAAGGAGGAGAAGAAGGGCAUGUGGUCUGGCAAGCCCCAGAAGGCUAAGCAGUACUCUGAUCUCUCUGAAAACGCACAGAAGGCCAAGAUUAUGUUGGCAACUCUGCAGCGACAGAAGAAGGUCCCUGCCAUUGUCGAUUUCUGCAAGGCAGGCUCCCGAUUCACCAUCCUGAUCCCUCGCGAGAACGUCAAGCUCACCAUGGUCCUGGGCGGCAUCCGCGCCCCUCGAGCUCCCCGAGCCGACGGUGAGGGUGGCGAGCCCUUCGGAAAGGAAUCACUUGAGCUUGCCAACCGCCGCUGCAACCAGCGCGACUGCGAGGUUGACAUCCACGACAUGGACAAGGUCGGAGGUUUCAUCGGCGAAUUGUACAUCAACCGAGAAAACUUUGCCAAGGUGUUGGUGGAAGAAGGUCUGGCCUCUGUCCAUGCCUACUCUGCUGAAAAGUCAGGCAACGCUGCUGAGUUGUUUACUGCCGAGAAGAAGGCGAAGGAGGCCCGACUUGGUCUGUGGCACGACUGGGACCCUUCCCAAGAUGAGGAGUAUGAAGAGGAAGAGGCUGCCGAUGCUGCCCCCGAGGCUGAAGUGUCGAUCGACAAGAAGCCUACCGAUUACCGCGAUGUUGUUAUUACCAACAUUGACGCUAAUGGUAAGAUCAAGAUCCAGGAGAUUGGCAAGGGUACGGCCGCCCUAGAGAGUCUUACGAGUGAAUUCCGAAAGUUCCACCUCGACUCCAAGAACAACAACCCUCUCAAGGACGCACCCAAGACUGGCGAGUAUGUGUCUGCCAAGUUCUCCGCCGACGGUCAGUGGUACCGAGCUCGUGUGAGGGCAAACGACCGCACCGCCAAGAAGUCUGAAGUCGUCUACAUCGACUACGGCAACAGCGAGAAGAUCCCCUGGAACCACCUGCGCACCCUGGAUCAGUCCAAGUUCGGCCCGCAGAAGCUCAAGGCUCAGGCCGUUGAUGCUUCCCUGUCAUUUGUGCAGCUCCCUACCGGCGCCGACUACUUUGAGGAUGCUAUCGGCUUCAUCUAUGAGCUGACCGAGAACAAGCGCCUGGUUGCCAGCUUCGAUUUCGUGGACAACAAGGAGAACGUGAGCUACGUGACGCUCUACGAUACCGGCUCCUCGGGUGAGCUUCCUGGUCCCAACGACUCGAUCAACAAGGAGGUUGUUGCCGGCGGUUACGGCAUGGUUCCCAAGAAGCUCAAGGCCUGGGAGCGCAGCAAGGCAUUUGAGCCUACUCUGAAGCACCUUAAGGAGGUUGAGAGCCAGGCCAAGCAGGAGCGACGGGGCAUGUGGGAGUAUGGUGAUAUCACUGAGGAUUAA